AUGAUUUGCAGAUGUUAUCCGGUUACUCUACACCGUUGUAGACUGGUUUGUAAAAAAUGGCGUAAAAUAAUUGACGAACUUGAUGAAGGAUAUCUUGAGCCAUUCCGUUCAGCUGGGCAUCUACGUUUGUAUGUUUGCGAUAGAAGGAGGUUUCUUCAUUUUUUUUCUGUUAAAAAUUUUACUAGUAAUUUUAUCAUUUUAAAUACGGUUUGGCGUAAUUUUAGGGCUAUUUUGGAAAAAUUUCUGGAACAUCAACCUUUAUCAUGCAGUGUUCGUGAUCUUACGUCGUUUCGUAAGACUGCUUAUGUGAAAGAUUGUUUGGCGCAAGUAAAUGAAGACAUUUCGUGGGACUACCAGUUUGAUCUCACUAGUUGGUCUCAAAAAUACGAAAUAAUAGAGGUCGAUACUUUUUUUGUAUUUUACAGUGCAUAUUUUCAGUCCAUGUCGGAAAUAUUUACUCGACUUUCAUCGGGUCGCUUUGAACGUCUUGCUGAUAAGCUACGUGCUAUUCAGCCACUUCAUAUUGUUUUUAAUGAUCUCUCAUCAUAUGAAAGGCGACCAACAAUGCUACUGUUUUGGUUCCUCAAGCAACUAACAAAUGUUCGUAAACUAACAUUCAACUGUGUUCGAGGUGAUCAAAAAGUGGAAAUAGAUCGUAUAUUAUCUGUGAUUGGACUUGAUGAAAUUAACAUCAUUCAGCCGGUUUAUCAAUUUUUUACACAAAAUUUGUUUAGAUAA